CACCAUUAUCUGCGCAACAGGACACGGGCCGGAGAAAAAACUCCCCGGACAGCAACAGCAAAAACAACUUGGGAAAUAAACAACAACAAAAAAGCAGCUUAUUAAAACAGAAAAACAACAACUCGGAACAACAUGAGUUUUUACGGCUCCAACUCUAAACUCAACUCUUUAGGGCCGAGGAGUAACUCUCGACAGGACUUGGCUUACAGAAACGAGUUCGGUGGAAACGGCUACCACUCAGAGUUCCAUCAAAUGGAGCCUGCAUACAACUACCAAACCACCUCCUUCGCCAGGUCCUCCAUGCACGGCGGUGGCGGCGGCAUGAAGAAGCAGACUACCGUCGCUGGCGGGGGAGGUGGUGGGCAAAGUGUACAACAGUUCAAUCAAGCAAUUUCUAUCCUGGUAAAUGAAUGUCAUCAAUACCUGGACAAGGCAAAUGUGAUGAUAAAUACUGGAGGCCCGAUGGGUGACGCAGAGAUGUAUCUGUCAAUGGCUGCAGAAACCCUUGACAAGCUGAAUAUGUAUGGCCGAGAAAUGCGGAUCCCCAAUGAUGCUUUCAAACAAGCUGAAUUCUUGGAACAAAAGUUUGGAGCCAUCAACCAGAAAUUUGCCAGCUAUGGGACUAUGAAAAUGACCAGAAGCAGUGUGCCCAUUGAUGACUACCGAUUCCUCAAUGACGCCUUUGGCUGGAUAACCCAGCAAAAACGCAUCAUUGAGUUAACUCCAUUCGGAGACGACGCCAACACCAUAGAAAACCAAAUUAUAAACCACAAGAAAUUCCACAGCUCCAUCCAAACAGCCCCAAUAGAAGUACUGCGUGCCAGAGAAGAACUGAAUGCAUCGGGCGAUAAGUACCACCAAACCCUCCUGGAACAAGAAAUGGAUGGCCUGCAGAAAUUGUCCCACAAUCGCUUGAGUCAACUUCAUGAGCUUCAGGGCAUCAUCGAGGAGGUCUCUCGAGCCAUCAUGUGGGUGAAUGAAAGAGAGGAGGAGGAGCUAAUGUUUGACUGGGGAGACAAAAACAUCGACAAUUAUAUCCCCAAGAAGCAGGAGAGCUACUCUAAGCUGAUGAGUGACUUGGAGGAGAAGGAGAAGGAGUUAAACAAGCUGAAGCUGAAAUCGGGUGCCCUCAAGAACAAUAACCAUCCUGCCUCAGAUAAGAUCGAGGCUUACAUGGACACCCUACAGACUCAGUGGAGCUGGCUUCUUCAGAUCACAAACUGCAUCCAGUUUCAUCUAAAGGAGAAUGCUGCCUACAGCCAAUUUUUCAAGGAGGCCAAUGAAACAUAUGCAAAGCUUCAGAAGCAGCAUGAGAUCAUCCGGAACAAAUUCAAAUGCGACAAGAAUACUCCUCUGGAAAACCUUACUGAACUUCUGAAAAAUCUGGAGAAAGAGAAAGGGCGAAUCAUAGAGAAUAAGAGGCAGGUCAGCAGUUUGGUCAGCAAAUCAAAGUCAAUUAUCAGGCUGAAGCCUCGAAACCCUGAGGAGAAGAGCACCAGCACCAUCAUGGUUCAGGCCGUAUGUGACUUUAAGCAGGACCAGAAAGGUAUAAUGAAAGGGAACGAGGGCAUCCUGAAAGACAACUCUCAGCGCAGCAAGUGGCUUGUGACUGGACCUGGAGGUCUCGACAUGUGGAUUCCCUCCGUGUGCCUGCUCAUCCCACCUCCAAAUCCACUCAGCAUCGGACUUGCUACCAAAAAUGAGCAGUAUUAUGAAGCCAUCAUGGGCAUUUGGAAUCAACUCUUCGUCAACAUCAAGACCCUCAUCUCCUGGCAGUACUGCCUCAAAGACGUCAACUUCAUCAACUCCCUCACCCUCACCAUGCUGUCGAAGAUGCGCCCUGAGGAGUACCGCACCAUCAUCAAAAGACUGGAGACUAAUUACCAGGAGUUCCUCCGUAGCAGCCAUGGUUCUGAUAUGUUUGGGGAAGAGGAAAAGAAAACCAUGCAGGGCCAGUUUGAGAAGGCCCAACAGCUCUAUGAUGCACUGAUUGUCCAGCUGCCCAGUUACAGGGGAGAAGGGGUGAAGACUGAAGAGCCAAAACAAGAAGGCCAAGUCCCCGUUAAACAACCAGUCAAAACCAAUACUGUCAUCAGCCUUUCAUUGCUCAGCACUAUGCAAGAAAUCCGCUACAGACUGGAAAAGGCUGAAUCUGACCUCACCGACCAUCUCCAUAUUCCCCUGGGGGAAAACAAUGUGCACGAGUGUUUAGUGCACAUUCAGAAGCUUCAGGGUACACACCAAAAUCUAGAGUCAAUUGACGACAGGUAUAUGAACCUAAGAGAAAUUAUUACAAAGCAGCUAAAGGGGGUCCCUGCAGACUCGGAGCAGGCCAAGUUCCUCCGCUCUGAACUGGAAAUUAUCAACCAAAAAAUCCGAGGCCUGCAGCAUCUUUACUCAGUCUACGUUCAGAGAUUGACUGCACUCAAGGCCUUGCUCCAAAGCCUUCUCCUGGCUGAGGAUAGUAUUAAAGUUCACGAGGCCCGACUGACAGAGAAGGAGACCAGUUCUACGGACAUUCAAGAACUGGAAAACCAUCGGAGUGCACUAAGGAACAUGAAGAGCGAACUGGAACAAAGACGGGACCUGCUGACUUCGAUGGAGUCUGACCUGGCCGGAGCAGUGCACUGUAACAGUCAGAUUUCAGAGUCUUUCCACAAAUGUGAUGUGGAUUUGUCCAAGUACUCUGAAAUGGUGAACCAGUUGUCUGACCGCUGGCGCCGCAUCCAAAAGCAGAUAGAUAGCAGAAUGUUGGACCUGGACAAACAAAAGGAGCAGUUAACACAAUAUCAGCAGGGUAGACAUUCCAUAGAGCAGUGGAUAGACAAUACCAGGAAACGCCAAGACACCCUUCAGAUGGGCAAGCUCACUGAUAUCCAGACUUUAAUGGACCACCUCAACCAACAAAAGGCUCUUCACAAUGAAAUCAAAGUCAAGAAGGAGAAAGUAGAGGAUGUGCAAAUAAAUGCUGACACCUGUGCUAACUCCAUAAAGGACUAUGAGCUGCAGCUUGCUUCUUACAGUUCAGGACUGGAAACUCUGCUUAAUUUCCCAAUCAAGAGAACUUUGCUCCAGUCCCCUGCUUCUUUUGUCAGGAAAGAGGCUGGUGAAGUUCAGGCACAUUAUAUCGAGUUGCUUACCCGCUCCAGGGAUUAUAUUAAGUUCCUGGGUGACUUGCUGAAGAACAUGGAAGAGCUGAAGUUAAGGAACACCAGGAUUGAGUUGCUAGAGGAGGAACUGAGGCGUCUAAAGGAUGAACUUCAAGAUCAAAAACAAAAGAAUAAGUCCCUGGAGGAUAACUUGUCCAGCUACAAGUCGGAGCUCACUCAGUAUAAAGAUGAGCUAAUUAAAGUGCAAGAAGUGAAGAGAACUACAGCAAUUCAAGUUAAUGCUGCUAAAGAGAGCCUUGAUAGCACACAAGGCCAGAUUCAACAUCUUUCUGAGGAACUCACCCGUGUUAAAUAUCAGCUUGAGGAGGAAAAGAGGAAAAGAAGAGUUGCGGAAGAGCGCUACACGAACCAGCAGGAAGAGUAUGAAGCGGCAGUUCGCCGCAGGCAGAAAGAACUGGAGGAGGUCAACUGGAUAAAGAUAGAUCUAGAGAAGUCGGUGAAGGACAAAGAACGUGAAAUUGAGAGGCUGAAGAUGCAGCUAGAGGAGGAAGCGACACGUCGCCGAAAUGCCGAGUCAGAUAUAUCAAAGGUAAGAACACAGUGCACGCAGGAGAUAAGUCAACUCAAACAGACAUAUGAGACAGAGAUCCACAUCAGCAAGACCUCCAUUCUGAAAGUGUCCCAUCAGAAAGAUGAGGAUGCAGCACAGUUGAGGCUGCAAGUUGACCAACUCACUGGCGAGAAGAGAGAACUGGAAGAAGAGCUCAGAAGACAGAAGCACUCCAUUGCUCUCAUUGAAAUGCAGAAAAGCAAGGCAGAGCAGGAGGUCAGCCAGCAGAUGGCCUCAGUGACACAAGAGACAAGGGUGCGUACUGAGCUGGAGCUGCUGUUAAGAACACUCAAGCAGCAGAGAGGUGAAGAUGAGUUAAAAUUGAAGGAAUCCACCAAAAACAACCAGGAAAAGUCCAGGCAAAUCAGUACGCUAACAUUUAACCUGGAGGAAGAGGGUAAAAAGAGUAGAGCUCUAGAACUGGAAAUCGGUCGCCUGAGACAAGCUGAAGCAGAACUGAGAUCAAAGAACAGCUCUUACUUAGAGGAAAUUAACAAACUUAAAGUGACUGAACAAGAGAUCCACAUCACCCGAGUGGAGUUGGAAAAGCAGAGCAGUGAGAAAACAAAGGCCGAGCAGAGUUCUGCCAGGCUCCAGAGCCGUAUCAGGGAACUUCAGUGCUCUCUGGAUGGGGUGGAAGCUGAGCUGGAAAAGCAAAAACAGACAACACAAGAGGAGUUUACCCAUAGAAAGCGAAUGGAGGCAGAGUUGGAGAGGAUGACGCAUACGUGCAGAGAGCAUACCACUACAAUCAACUCGCUGAAAUCAGUUCAGAUAGAGGUCACAAACACUGGGAGAAAGUAUGAGCAGGAUAUCAAGGCUCUUAAGGAGGAACUGGACAAGAGCUUAAGGGAUCAUAAAGUCACCAAGGAAGAACUGGUAGCAGUGACAAAUGAACUCAAAACACUAAAACAAAAACUCCAACAGGACCAGGUGCGAGUUCAUGAGCUCAACCAGCGUAAUGAAAGCCUGUAUAAGACCAUUGAGGAGAAGAGUCGCCAGCUCAACGAGUACACCACAGAGAUUGAAAAGCUGAAGACUCUGACACAGAACCUGACCAAAGAGAGACUGAGGUUGGAUGAAGAGCUGAGGUCUGCACGGCAAGAAAGAGAUGAAGUGAAAAUGAGCAAAGAUACUAUUGAUGCAGAAAGCGCCACUCAGAUCUCAGCCUUGCAUGUACAGCUUCAAACUAGCUCCAAGAGGGCAUCCGAACUCCAGUUUCUCAUCAGUGACCUGACCAACGAGAGAGAAAAGCUUAAAAUGGAAAUAGAAAAAUUCCAAAAGCAGUCAAUUGAGACCUCCAAGUUGGUGCAUGAGUCCCACAGCAAGCACAGUGAUCUAGUGCUGGAGAGAGAUAGCUUGCUCUCCAAGCUUAAACUGCUGGAGCAGGACAAGAACCGUAAUCAGAGAUUAGAAGAAGAGCUUGCGCGGCUCAAGCUCUCUCUAGAAACCGAGAUUCGCAGCAAACAGCGUUUGCAGGAUGAAAAGAAUUCUGUUUUUAAAGAGUUCACCUCUUUAAAGAGCCAGUAUGAGUUUAAAGAAAGCCAGAUUAGACUGUGUGAGUCAGACAGAGACAAGGCAGACCGAGAUAGGGUGUCCCUUAAAAACGAGAUUGAGAGGCUGAUGAGGGAACUGAACAGUGUGGAGGAUAGGUACAAGAGUCGUCUUUUGAUCUCAGAAAAGGAGACAUCUGAAUUGGCUCUGAAGAGAAAUGCCCUGGAAACAGAGAUUCUUAGACUGAAGCAGAGACCAAAUACAUUAAACAUUCAGACCCAGACAGAUGAGAAGGUCAUGACGAUUGAUCCAUCAAAGCUUGUAUUUGAUGGGGUGCGCCGCAAAGUCACUGCCCACCAACUUUGUAACUGUGGUAUAAUCAAUAAAACUACCCUGGAGAUGCUGCUUAAGGGCCAAAAGACAGUGGAGGAAGUAGCUGUGGACAUCCAACCUAGUCUAAAGGGCUCCAGCAUUAUUGCUGGGAUGAAAACAGGUUCUCAGGGGAAAAUGCCAUUCACUGAAGCCAAAAACAAGAAUCUUCUCAGCCCAGAAAGUGCUGUCAUGCUCUUGGAAGCUCAAGCAGCAACAGGCUACAUUGUGGACCCUGCAUUUAAUGAGAAUAUGACUGUAGAUACUGCCUGUUCAAGAGGGAUUGUAGACACAGAUGAUAGAGAUAUCUUGUUAAAAGCUGAAGCCGCUAGCACGGGGUUCAAAGAUCCACACACCGGCAAGGUGCUGUCUGUGGGACAGGCUUUUAAAAAAGGUCACAUUGACAAAGAAACUGCCAUCCGGUUGCUUCAGGCUCAGGAGUCUGUUGGGGGCAUUUUAGACCCCAUUCUGAGUGUGUUCCUUCCAAAAGAUAUGGCCUUGGAUCGCAAUCUUAUAGACGAUGAUCUCUAUAGGGCUUUGAAUAAAAAGCCUACCGCCUACCUAGACCCAGCAACAGGAGAGAAGAUCACAUAUACUGACCUUAGAAGGAAGUGUACAGCUGAGCCGGUGUCCGGUUUGCUCCUGCUUCGCGGUCCAGAAAAGCAAAUGACAGUGAAGGGUAUCCGUGGUAAUGUCAGUGUCACAGACCUAGUUAAGUCUGAGCUGCUGGAUGAAACUGACCUACAAAGGCUUACGCCAAAAGAAAUUGAAGAAAAGCUAAAGUCCUACCUCUUUGGCUCCACCUGUAUUGCAGGUAUCUAUGAUGAGGCCAAUGACAGAAUAAUCCCCAUCUAUCAAGCAAUGAAGGAAGGACUGUUAAUGAGAGGAACCACUCUAGAGCUUCUUGAAGCACAAGCUUCAUCAGGCUUUAUAGUUGAUCCAGUUAACAAUGUUUUCCUGACUGUAGAAGAAGCUACCAAAAGAGGAAUUGUAGGGAAGGAGUUCAAGAAUAAGCUCAUGUCUGCCGAAAAGGCAGUAACUGGAUAUAAAGACCCAGCUACAGGAAAGACAAUCUCCCUCUUCCAGGCUAUUGAGAAAGAUAUUAUUGAGAGAGGUCAUGGAAUCCGGCUGCUUGAGGCCCAAAUUGCCAGUGGUGGAAUUAUUGACCCAGUUGAGAGUCACCGUAUUGAUGUCUCUGUUGCCUAUAAAAGAGGAUAUUUUGAUGAAGAGAUGAAUGAGAUCUUAACCUAUGAAGGAGAUGACACGAAAGGGUUCUUUGAUCCUAAUACCAAGGAGAACCUGACUUAUCUUCAACUAAAGCAGAGAUGCAUCACAGACCCAAAAACUGGGCUAAUACUCCUGGCCCUCAGAGACAAGAAAAAGGCUCAACAAUCAAAGGAAAGUCGCACCAAUGUGCUUCGUAAAAGACGUGUGGUAAUUGUUGACCCUGACACAGGGCUUGAGAUGUCAGUCAGGGAGGCCUAUCACAAGGAGCUAAUUGACUAUGAAACAUUCCUGGACUUGUCGGAGCAGGAAUGUGAGUGGGAGGAAAUCACUAUCACAGGAUCAGAUGGCUCUGCACAUUUGGUCAUUGUGGAUAGAAAAACUGGAACCCAGUAUGACAUUCAGGACUGCAUAGACCGUGCCGUCAUUGACCAAAGGACAUUAGAUCAGUACCGUGCUGGAACGCUAACCUUGACAGAGUUUGCUGACCAAAUUACCAGCAGAACCAGCAGCACUGAGAUGACUAUUGCAGCCAGCAGUGUUGAUGACAUGUUCACAUGCAGCAGCCCCACCCAAGCCACACCAUCUUCCCCUACUGUUCGUAAACGCUUAAACAGCAUCUCAAUUACAGUCUCUCCCCCAGGAAUGUUCGAUGACCAAAGCCCAGUAGCAGCCUUAUUUGACACAGAGACCCUGGAGAAAAUAACUGUUUCCGAAGGGCUCAAAAGAGGCAUUGUUGACACUAUAACAGCACAAAGGUUGUUGGAGGCUCAGGCUUGCACGGGGGGUAUCAUCAACCCUGCAACCGGUGACCGUCUGUCACUUGAAGAUGCCGUUCAUCAGAGUAUUAUUGAUGAGAGCAUGGCCGCUAAACUGAAAGCUGCCCAGAAAGCCUACAUCGGUUUUGAGGAUGUGAAAACAAAACGAAAGCUCUCUGCAGCUCAGGCAGUAAAAGAGAGCUGGCUGCCUUAUGAGGCAGGCCAAAGGUUUCUGGAGUAUCAGUAUUUGACAGGAGGCCUAAUAGAACCACAAACAGGGCACCUCAUUGGCAUUGAAGAGGCCAUCCGCAAAGGCUGGCUGGAUGGUAAAGCAGCCCAAAAGCUGCAGGAAACCCGGAACCAUUCAAAGAAUUUGACCUGUCCCAAGACUAAGCUGAAGAUCACCUACAAAGAAGCCAUGGAUAGCUGCAUGGUGGAGGAAAGCAAUGGAAUGAAGCUACUGCAGGCCUCUUCUGUGUCCACCAAAGGUAUAAGCAGCCCUUACAAUGUCUCCAACCCAGGAUCACGCUCUGGUUCCAGGGCUGGUUCUCGCACUGGCUCAAGGAGUGGAUCGCGUAGAGGCAGUGUUGAUUAUUCCUCUAGUUAUUCCUACAGUUUCUCCUCCAACAGUGCAGUCUACAGCUCAAACCAGACCAAAUAAACAAACUGCUUUGUAAUUUUACUUUUAACUCUUAUUGUGUUUUUAGCUAAAAUGUAUUUGAGUUUCAUUGUUCAAAGAUUUGAUCAGACUUUGAAUUUGUAUAUGAUUUAACUGUUUGCAAUUUUUGAAUGCUGAUUAUUAUUGACAUUUACCAUAGCUUUUUUAUAUAUAUAUAUAUAUAUAUAUAUAUAUAUAUAUAUAUAUAAAUACUAUAGGGGGUAUUCCAAUUAUCCAAUUAACCUUACCCUCCCAGUGAACCUAUAAUUGAUUGGUAAUAAUCUUUGUUCUUAACAGAUACUGAUGUUUUGUUUAAAUUACAAAAUAACACUAAACCUUUGCAAUUCAAAUAAAGUAGUCAUAGAAGGUUCUAAUGCAUAUUUACUCAUCUGUUGACACCAGUCAUAUUCCUUAUAAACGAUGAGAUUACUCUUUAAGGAGAAGAUCAUGUCUACUAUUACUAGCUUAUUUUAACAUAAAAAUGUACGUUUAAUUUAUUUUUCUGUGUGUUUCUUUAUACUACAAUUAACCUUACCCAUCCCUUGGACCUAUAAUUAAUUGAUUUGUUUUCUUUUUGUGAUCAGAAUUUAUUACAUCCUCAUUCAUGCAUUUUAUUUACACAGUGCUUUUUUGUUGUCUACAAAUACUGAUAUACUGAAAUAUUUGGACAAACAAUUAUAUACAUUGUCAUAUUUUGUCAUAAUUUCAAAUAAAAUUGUCAUAGAAAGUU